AUGACUAUGGGCACAAUUAGGCUCUCUGUGGUAGCUGGCGGAGUCACUAUGAUCGUCGAAUUCUGCGUUACCGAUCACCCGGCAAUCUACAAUGUGAUUAUGGGAACUCCAUGGAUCAAUGCGAUGAGGGCGGUCCCUUCCACCUAUCACCUCAGCCUCAAAUUCCCGACUCCAGCAGGCAUCAAAACAAUUUGGGGAAACCAGAAGGAGUCACAAAUGUGUUGCUUGGCGGAGCACAAGUUGAGGAACCCCGUCACCAAUGCACGAGCAGACAUCGCGGAGAGCUGCGAAACGCGCACCGAGACGGUAUGUGACGCGGUGGACUCGGUGUGCAUAGACGAAGCCCGUCCAGAACGACGCGUUAAAAUCGGAACUAAGCUAGAGGAACCUCUGAGAAGCGAGUUUCUUUCCCUCCUCAAGGAGAAUAUCGACACUUUUGCCUGGACAGCGGAGGAUAUGCCAGGCAUAAGCAUCAGCGUGACCUGUCACGAGCUAAACAUGGACCCCACCUUCAAACCAAUCAAGCAAAAAAGGAGGAAACUCAAAUCCGAACGAGCUAAAGCAGUUAACGAUGAAGUGGAAAGAUUGCUCAAAGUAGGAUCAAUUGCCAAGGCAAAAUACCCGGACUGGCUUGCGAAUCCGGUGGUUGUGAAGAAGAAGAACGGCAAAUGGCGGGUCUGUGUAGACUUCACUGACCUCAACAAGGCGUGCCCAAAAGACAGUUUCCCACUACCACACAUCGACCGGCUCGUCGAAGCCACCGCGGGAAACAGGUUGUUAACAUUUAUGGAAACAGGUUGUUAA